AUGCCCGAUUACCGUCCUUCUCUUCGCGUUGGAUCCACUAAACUCGACACUACACGGUGAUUUAUAUACGGUAAGGGUUUGAAUUUCCUCUUGUUUUAGAUUAUUUUUGGUAUGAAUAAUAUAAAAUUUGCUCAAGUUAAUGAUUUUUUUUGAUUUCAGAGCUGCCAAUCACUCUCCUCUAACUACUCAAUGCGUUCAUUUCUCCUUAGAGCCUGUUCCAUCAUCAGGAGUUCCGCUCUCAAUGUAUACUUCACUAUCUCUGAAUUUUCUGGACGUCGCUCAGGAUCAAAAGGCACGUGGCAUCAAAUAUUCUUGUAAGUUUUAUUUUUGUUCUGUUUUUGCCGAGCUGCGUCCACAGUACUCGUUGCUUAUUUAUAGGUUGUUUUAUCCUCUUAUUAACUGCGUAUUGUUGUAGACGUUUAUUUUAUUAUAUCGAUUUACAGAUUCCAUCGGAUCGUCACAUCAUCAUAGCUUCAAAUUCCUCUUCUCUUCAACAUCCCGUCAAAUAUCGACCAAUUAUGGACCUCAACUGCAACAACAACAUGCCGACCACAAAGGACCUCCACUUAUAACAAGUGAAACUGGAGCUUGGACAACAUCGUCAAACAUGGACUGGUAAUUUAUUUAUUGGAUGCUGAAUAUAUAUUAUUGUAUAAGAUGUAAUAACAUAGCUCUUUAUUGGAUAAGGUAGUCAGUAGUAGUAAUCGGAGUAUUUUCUUCUCUAUCAAGGCCCAAAAGCCGGACUCAAGUUUCGGGGUAUCAAAGUUGUGACCACAGUAGAGGGGGAGUCGGGGGUCUCGGAGCUGUUCGGCCUUGGGUGUCGGGAGAGUUGAACUCCCUCUUAUACUUGGGACAAGUACCGGAGGUGACCAAGGGCUGGUAAUCGGAGUACCCCGGGUUCCGUUGACCCGGAAUUGGUACCCAAUGCGGAUCAGCGGCUCUGCUUUCACUAGUCCUUGUGAAAAUGCUGGGAAAAGUGGGACGAACGCUGGGCUAUCGGUUAUAACAACCAAAAAAGUUGAGAAGUAUAUUGCGAAUUGCCAUCUUCCGAAACGAGCGGAGGCUGUUGAUGUGGAAGAUCGGUCGACCGAUUGGAUGCAUGUUCAAGGCCUUGGCCAAACCUUUAAAAAUCGACCUAACCCUGUGAUGACGGCUGUUUCGGAUAAACCAAGCUGGAGCCAUCGAUACGCCGCAGAGUUCGGUAAUCGGUGGUGCUGA